CAUUUUAAAGUCCAUACUGGAGAGAAACCCCAUUGUUGUCAGAUAUGUGGAAAAAGCUUUAGGAUGAAGCAUCAUCUUAAGAGUCAUAUAAAUCAUGUACAUAAAAUGGAUCCUAAUUGUGAGCUUGAAUAAUAUGGAUGAACAUUUGUAAAGGAUUAACAUAUGAAAACACACAGAUGAACAUGUAUAAAAGGGCAGCAUUAAAACAUUGAAUAAUAUGGGGAACAUUUGCAAAGGAGCAACAUGAAAACAGUAGGCAAGAGGCCAUGUAACCAUGGUAACAACACUUGCUUGGGAGAGAAGACAACAUGAGCCUUCCAUAGCAACCUCAAGGUCAUUAAGGGUUCAAGGCCAUCAAUUGCCAAACAAGAACCCUCAUAGUGACUGUUUACCAUAUCAAAUAUAUGGUGCUAGUUAUGACAGUCAUAAUAAUAAUGAUAUGCCCCACAUUGGGGAGAAAAUCAAUGAAAACACUCGAGAUAUAACAGGAAUACAUACGGGAGAGGACAUUAGUACCCACACUGGAGAAAAAAAGCAACGAAUCAGAAAAAACAAAUUUCUGUGUACAAUGUGUCUGAAGUCAUUCUGUGAUGUCACAAACUAUAGAUACCAUUGUAGGAUCCAUACUGGAGAGAAACCAUACA